GUGACUAGUUUUCCACUGAGGAGGUGACCAGAUCACAAAUUUUAAGUGCCUUCGUCGUUGAUUCAUUACGAAACAUGUCGUCAAUGUUAGCAUCCGAGAACCUAAAAAUUACCUAGACAGCGAUGCAACCCUCGAGUUACCCUCAAACCAAUUAGUACCAAGCUGAACGGCAGCAUAUCACGAACUUGCAAUUUAAGAGUUGCUUAGCGGUUGCAUUGCGGAGGGAAUCCCGCCUUCGACACUCGAGACAACGGGGAAUACUGCACAAGCAUCUAUAAUGUUUCAACGUUCACUGACAACAAAGGAGACAUCAAAGCUCCCAAAUCACGGCGAUGCCGAGAAGAUGAGGCCCGAGCCUGUAGUUGCAUCUGGAAAAGGCACUAAAACACAUUCUGCCGGCGAUGCUGGCACCAGGUCAAGUCAGAUCACUCAAAGGUAUGGAGUUGGAUCAAAGGAGGAAACUGGCAGUUGCUCUUUGGAUGCUGAUACUUCCAACCAGCUGUCUGCUAGUGCAUCACUACCUGCUUUAGAUAACUUGUUUCUGUACACGCUCGCAACUCAACUCAGUGGUGGUGAGUGGGAAGCGCUCGCUAUACAUCUUGACUUUACUGACGCAGUUAUUCAGAGAUUCAAGAGCGAUUACCAAGGGUUUGUUGUAAAGCAAGCCUACCAGAUGCUUCUGAAAUGGACUCAAGGACAUCCCGAUGGCGUAGAUCAGCAAGCUGAACAAUUAGUUGCAGCUCUACGAUCCAAUGAAGUCGGAAGAAUCGAUUUGGCUAAAAAAAUUAAGGAUCAGGUAACUUUUCCUCACGGGCACGCUAACCAAACUGACGCACUUCUCGAUGAACCUGGUGUGGAUAACAAAACUCUGUUCAAGAUUGCGAAACAGCUCGGUCGUGAUUGGGAGGAAUUAGCUAUAUUGCUCGAGAUCACAAACGCAGCCGUGCAAAACAUCAAAUGUGACUACCAAUAUUGUGCCGCCCUGCAAGCCUACCAAAUGCUGGUAAAAUGGAGACGGGCCCACCCAGGCAGUGUUGAACAACAGACAUCCGAGUUAAGCACAGCACUGGGAAAGAUUGGAAGAGAUAUCGCACAAAUCCUAAAAGGAUCCGGGGCACAAUCAAAUCCUGAGCAAGACGAGGAACCAGACUGUGGACCAAGCUUGAGAAGUCCCAAUGAAGAAACCGGUAACAAGAUCAAGGCGAUUUUAAUGAGAGUCUACAAGAGAACAGGUAGUUACGUACAGUUGAUACCAACGGUGGAUAAUGAUGAAAUGCAUAUACCUGGCAUUUACACAAAGGUGCAGUUAAAAACACGGGAAGGUGUUGCAGUAGUGGGUAUGGGUUGCCACAACAAAGAGGAGAUUGUAAAUUCAACAGAGUACGCCAAAAUACUGGGAGCAAAGACAAGAACUGGCGAUCUUAUCAAGCGGGUGAUUUUCUUUGGCAUGGGAGGUGUUGGGAAGUCAACCAUUUUACAUAAGAUUGCGUACGACUGGGCUGACCAGACAAGUCAAGUGCUGGCAGCAUUUAAGCUUGUUCUCGUUUUAAAGAUGUUUUCCAUGUUGCAAAAUUCCGAUCUUGUCGAAUCCACUUUCAAUCAACUCCUUGGCGAAGAUUGUGGUGUAUCAAAAGAUGCCUUAGAAGCAUUUAUCUUGGCCAAUUCGAGUGACGUCCUCAUUCUUUUGGAUGGUUUUGAUGAAAUGAGGACUAAAUCGCUUGAUGAAACCUCAUUCGGUUCAAUUCUAAAAGCACUGAAUGGGAGGAGAUAUCGGGAAUGUUUCAUCUGUGUAAGUACACGCCCCUCUCACCUGGAUAGACUAAUGGAAAAACGGCUAAUUCAAAAUCCUUGUACACACGUAGAGGUUCUGGGAUUUACGGAAAGCGACGUUAGAGAGUACGUCCGGAAAUUUCACCAGAACAUUGAUGAUGGUGCCGUGCUAAUCGAAACUAUCGAAAAAUCGAGCACGUUGCGUGAUUUAGCAAGGAUUCCGAUGCUGUUGCUUCUGAUGUGUCUGCUAUGGAGGGAGAGUCAACGGCUGCCAGAAACAACUUCGCGCCUCUUCAAAGGCGCAAUUGAUUAUAUUUUCUUAAGAAAAGCAAAAGUGUCAAUAGAAAAAGUGUCAAAAACGGUGACUGCGAUAGGCGAAACGGCGCUGCGUGGACUCAUGGAUGCCGACCAGAAAUGUUCAUUUCAAGAAGAUGAGUUUGAGCCAUGUGCACUCGAGUUGGCACUUGAGGCAGGCAUCCUUACCCGCCAGAGAGUUUUCAAAAACCUCCAGCCCCAACAUAGCAUUCAAUUCAUGCACAAGACAAUGCAGGAAUACUGCGCAGCGAAAUUCCUGCAGAGUUUAAAUGUACCAAACCGAGGGUUGUUGCAGCUGGCGAAAAACACAUUUAAUUCAAUUAAAUUUAGUCAGAUUUUGAAUAAACUAUGUUGUUCGAUUAACAGCGUAGUUUCAAAUGAGUAUCUGUUUCGCUUUUGCUGUGGUGACAAUGAAAAGUGUAUGACUGAAAUCGUUCAAAAGCUUGGACGUUGUAUUAAAACGAACAAAAAUCAGUCAAAGUAUGAUUCAAAAAUCAUACAAGCCAUCAGUCAAAAUUGCUUUUUCGAAAGCCAGUCAAGCAGCGUUCCAGCAUUUCUCGACAGGGCUUCAAUUAUCCCGUCCAGGGUUGAUGUGAGUAACGAUUAUGAUCUUAGCCGUCUCGUGUACCUCAUUGAAAUAAUUUGCAAGUCAGAUAGUUGCAAGGAGCAACUGACACACGUUCAAUCCGUGUCUCUUUCUGGGGCGUCUUUCAGCCAAGGGUUAGCAAAGGUCCUGAGCAACAUGGACAAUCUCGAGAGUCUCUUGCUUAUUGAUUGCAAUUUCACGGAUAUUACUUUCGAGAAAGCCUUGCUGUCAAUGAAGUGUAAUAACGUCUUAGACGUACUCUGCAUAGACGGUGAUCAGACAUUGGGAGGUAGAGGAGUAGAAUGGGCCCCUCACAUCAGACAAUUGAUAAACAUGAGAACUUUUCAAUUAAAAAGGUGCAAACUGCAGCCCACGGACAUCGAACACAUUGCAUCUUCAUUGAGUGAGAUGCCAAGGCUCAAUGAAUUGACACUCUCAGGCAACAUAGGAUUGGGUGGAUCAGCUGACUCUUGGUCCAAGUAUUUGCUGCGAAUGAAGCAUGUGAAGACUCUCGACCUUAGCAAUUGCUCGUUGCAAGAGGGAGACGCAAAGCACCUGUCCACCUCCUUAAAUGGCAUGCCUUGCCUGACUUCUUUGAUUCUCGCUGAUAACCAAUCACUGGCCGGAUCAGCCCACUCGUGGUCCAAAAAUCUGCCGCGAAUGGCACAUAUUCAAACGUUGAGCCUGCGCAAUUGCUCAGUGCAGUCGACAGACAUUAAACACAUAGCCUGGUCUCUAGGUGAUAUGCCCAAAUUGACUCACUUGGUACUUGCUGAUAACAAAGCAUUGGGUGGUUCAGCUGACUCUUGGUCCCAGUAUUUGGCGCGAAUGAGGUAUGUGAAGACGCUCGACCUUAGCAAUUGCUCCUUGCAAAAGGGAGACGUGAAACACCUGUCCACGUCGUUGAAUAGCAUGCCUUGUCUGACUUCAUUGAUUCUUGCUGAAAACAAAACAUUAGGUGGAUCAGCUAACUUUUGGUCUCAGUGUUUGUCGCAAAUGAAGCACAUUCAGACUCUAAAUCUACGCUAUUGUUCCUUACAAUGGACAGAUAUUGCACACAUUGCCAGGUUUGUAGGAGAUAUGCACGAACUGACAGAACUGAUUCUUACUGACAAUGCAGCAUUGGGCGAAAUGACAUCAAAGUGGUCCUUGUACUUGUUACGAACAAACAAACACACGCUGAACCUGAGCUAUUGCUCGCUGAAAACUGACGAUUUCAAUGACAUUAGCUUUUUCAUCCACCACAUACCGGAAAUUCGGACUCUAAAUCUAAGCAAAUGUUCAUUGCAGCCGGCAAACGUUGAGCACAUAGCCUCGAUUGUAGAUGACAUGCCAGGACUGACGGACUUGAUCCUUGCCGAAAAUACAUUACUUGGGGGAUCGGCUAGCAUGUGGUCUCGAUAUUUGCCGCGCAUGACGCACAUUCGGACUCUAAAUCUCAACAAAUGUUCAUUACAGCCGGCAGACUUUGAGCACAUAGCCUCGUCUAUAGGUCGCAUGCCAAGACUGACUGACUUGAUCCUUGCCGAAAAUACUUUACUUGGGGCAUCAGCUAACAUGUGGUCUCGAUAUUUGUCACGCAUGACGCACAUUCGGACUCUAAAUCUCAACAAAUGUUCAUUACAGCCGGCAGACGUUGAGCACAUUGCCUCGUCUAUAGGUCAUAUGCCAGGACUGACUGACUUGAUCCUUGCCGAAAAUACAUCACUUGGGGGAUCAGCUAACAUGUGGUCUCGAUACUUGCCGCGCAUGACGCACAUUCGGACUCUAAAUCUCAACAAAUGUUCAUUGCAGCCGGCAGACGUUGAGCACAUAGCCUCGUCUAUAGGUCACAUGCCAAGACUGACCGACUUGAUCCUUGCCGAAAAUACAUCUCUUGGGGAAUUGGCUAACUUGUGGUCUCAGCAUUUGCUGCGUAUGACAGAAAAUCGGACUCUGACUCUUGGCAAAUGUUCAUUGCAGCCGACAGAAGUUGAGCACAUGCACACAAAAAAUUGUUCGCUGGUCGUGGUGCGUAAAUGUACGAAAACUCAGACAAACCCGAGUAUAUGAGUGGACGACGCAUUCUCAAUAUGUCGUUUUACCCAGAAGUGUGCAUUACUGUAUAUUUACGACUUCGUAUAAGAACUGCUUACUCAUUGGGUUCUUUAAGAACAGACUCAGUAAAUUGAAUCUUGCAGGAAGUACAGCAUUAGACGAGUUGGCUAACUCUUGGUAUCGUGAUUUGCAAGAAAUAAAACACAAGCACAUACUAAACCCGAGCCUUUGCUCACUGCAGCCUAGAGACAUUGAGUACAUUACCUUGUCCGUGAGUGACAUGCCAAGGCUGAUUGUCUUGAUCCUUGACGGCAAUCCUGCGUUAGGCAUAUCGGCUUACUCGUGUUGCUACCUCAAGCGCUUAUUGCAUAUAGAUGGACGGUCUCUGCACAGUUGUGCGAUGAAUGAUGAUGAUGCAGAAAUGGUUGUGUUACACUUGAAAGAUAUCCGAAAACUGUUGUAUCUUGAUCUUUCUAGUACCGAUAUCAAAUGGGAACAAAGCGAUGUGUGCUAUGAGCCUGAGUAGCCACGAUGGUACAUGGGGGGUACAGGAGUUUCAUAAAAAUUCGUGUGAAGUUGACGGUGUUAAUAUAAUAUUGGGCAAGUGUUUAAACAAGGAUGGCUUCACAAAUCUGAAGCUUUGGAGAUGUCAUAUGUAUUGCAAACGAUUACGUGUAGCAUAGUGACACAGGUAUAUCAGUUUAUUACCUAAGGAUGUCAGAACCACUCUUGGGAAGGACACGUCACAUACUGCUCGAUCUUGAGCAUCAAACACUAGGGAUAACCGUAUUUAUUCAUAAUGUAUAAUGCAAUGUAAGCCAAUUUUGACAAAUAAGCAGCCACUUUACAUGGCAUCUCUUCCAAUAUCGCGUGAAUUUAGAUGCUGCUGCAAAUCAUCAUUCAGAUUGAUUUGUAAAUAAGAAUACAAUAGAACUGACUUUGCACCAUGAGAUCUUAGAAAAUGAAUUGUUCAUUCCGACGAAAAAGCAUUCAACUUUUGCGGGGUCCAUUUCUUCAUUCAAAUUAAUUGUUAGAUAUUAAUUCUUAAUAUUUAUGCAACUUAACUUAACUUUAAAUAAACUAGUUUCCCAUAAAGUGUUAAAGGUACACAGUGAUUGACAAUUUGGUUUUGGAAUAACCUUCGACAACCAAAUAACUAGAUAUAUGCACAGUACAAUGUUUUACGAAAGUCAGCAGGUACUUAGCCGUCACCGACUAUAUUUAACUACACGGCAUCAGCCGAAUGUAGCACGCUCUUUGAUGCGUACGUAGAAGUAAGGCUACAAUGGUGAUAAAAUUACUAUUAGAUUCCAAGAGCAUCAUUUUGUUGUUUGCCGACGAGUUUUUAAGGAUGCCCUCUGCCGCUGCCUCUAGAGAAAUAAACGGGACUAAAUUCAUCCUGCAGGUACUUCAGACAUUAAAGGGUCCACAGCUGGCUCACUAAUUUCUGUUGCAUCUUAUAUGAGAUCUUGUAGGUAAGUAAAGCAACUUAAGUUGAAUUUUAUUUUUUGAGAUUGAUUGCCAAUUAAGGAAAAUGAAAUUAACAUUUUCAAUGAAACUCACCAGUCGAGUCGGCUCCACUAAAGUGGAUGAAUAAAAACUGUUUCAGAACGAUGAGUAUGCUCAGUUAAGUAUAAAUGUAAAGGAAUUCGUGUAAAUGAACGUGAAAGUAAAAGCCCGAAUUUUCAAUUCCAAAUAAAGAAGCGCUGGAAUGCCAAUAUCGCUCUUACCCGAGUCUGAGCUAGACAGCUAGACCAGUAGGGCAGCGAAAACAAUUGUCUUUCUUUCGAAAGAUUAAAGUGAGCAUCAAAGUCGCCGAAACCUGCGCACGUUAGACUUCGGAAGAAAUGGAAUGAUAUGCCGAGAAGUCAUAACAAAACUUAAAGACUCGCGUGGACUUUUAUAGAACAUAUAGAACGAUCCCCAGUGUCAGUUACUGUAAUCAUUCUUACAGAUGAAAGAUUCCCCAUAUGCGUAUCUCAUUCCUUAACUAAAACGGAUUGACCGACCAACUCCAGAUCUUUUAUGAAACCAUGUAAUAAAACCAUUGUAUUGAAAUCCUCGAUCUUCCACUUUUGGGUUUCAAUUAUGUGAUAAUUUUGCUUUGCAUUUAUCCGUAUUUUAGUGCUUUUUGGAUUAUUAUGUUAAAUAUUAGUUUGCAUAUUUAUGAGCAUAACUAAGAGAUAUUGGAGCUCAAAGUUGCAUUUAUUUGUAUGCAUAAAAUAGAUACAUGUAGAAUUUUCCUGGAACGAUUUUCCGUUUUGUGUAAAUACUGCUCCAGUGCUCUAAUAAACUCAGGGCCACUUCGGAUGAUCAUUCAAGCGGUAUUUAUUGCCACAGGGAGUUAUUUUCUUCCAAAGUACUGGUGAAAAAUCAUCCAGUUGGUUUCCAAUGGAAGCUUAGAAUGUUUUCUAUUCAUUCCAAACAUUGUUAACUUAUUUUUUGUUCCGUCCAAUAUGAUGUUCAGCAGUUUAUCUCGCAAAUGUAUGCAAUCACUGGAUUCAAAUCCUAUAUUAACACACAGCUGUUUGAUUCUUUACUUACUCGGACCUCCUGUCUUAUUUUAAAUGUGAUGAAUCUGAUGCUUAUUUCCGAGGGCAGUGGUUAUUUAAUUAAUUGUGCAUUUUCUGAGUUUGUUCCAGAGAAUAUAACUUGUUUUCCUGAAUUUGUGCUGUUUACGGUAGAUACAUCAUGCAAUUUGUAACAAGGGGAUCGUGUUAAUUCUCUACUUCUGUAACGUUAACUACUGUAAACCAUAUUUAGGAACCUCUUUGAACCUGGAGGUAAAUAAAAGAGGUUGUAAGAAAACAAA